GCAUAAUAACGCUGCUGCUGCUGCUGCGGAUCCUCCGGGGAGCACACGGAGGGAGACGGCGGUGUUUGUGAGAGCAUGCCGGCAGACACAUCUCCUGUCCGGCUCUGUGUGACUGUUUUCAAGUGAGGGAGGCUCCUGCUGGAGGAGGAACAUUAAACCUGAAGAAGAGGAGGAGGAGGAGGAGGAGGAGGUGACAUGCCCUUCACUGCCUGGCGCAGUCUGUGCGCUGCUCGCUGUCAGACGAGGACGAGGUAAAGACCGGAAUGGUGCAUUUGAAUUACCCGUAUUCACGCUGAGGAGGGCUGGCUCGCUUUUCCAGCAGGUUUUGGAUUUCUUUUUUUUCAAGCGGAGAAAAACGACAUUUAAUGCCCGAUCGCAGAGCCGGAGCGACGGGGAAAUGCAGCACAGGCGGUGUUUGGCUGCAGGUGGAUGGCCAACCUGACGGUGCCAGCCGCCGCUUCCCUCCCAUUCAGCCGCUGCCGCUGCAGCUGCAGCAGGUCUGGCUUCAUCCGGAGCUUUAAGAACAAACACUCAGAACACGAUCGGACUUAUUGACCCCGAGCCAUGCUUCCUGGGGUCGGCGUGUUCGGCACCAGCCUGACCGCCCGGGUGAUCAUCCCGCUGCUGAAGAAUGAGGGCUUCGCCGUCAAAGCGCUGUGGGGCCGGACGCAGGAGGAGGCGGAGGAGCUGGCCAAGGAGAUGAAUGUGCCGUUUUACACCAACCGGAUCGACGACGUGCUGCUGCAUCAGGAUGUGGAUCUCGUCUGCAUCAACCUUCCGCCGCCUCUGACUCGCCAGAUCGCAGUCAAAACACUGGGCAUUGGAAAGAACGUCAUCUGUGAUCGGACAGCGACGCCUCUGGAUGCCUUCAGAAUGAUGUCAGCGGCCCAGUAUUACCCAAAGCUGCUGAGCAUUAUGGGAAAUGUACUGCGUUUCUUGCCCGCCUUUGUUAGAAUGAAGGAGUUGUUGGAGGAAGGGUACGUCGGGGAGCUUCUGGUCUGUGAGGCCCAGGUCCAUAGUGGAAGUCUCCUGGGGAAGAAGUACAACUGGAGCUGUGAUGACUUAAUGGGAGGCGGUGGUCUGCAUUCAGUUGGCAGCUACAUCAUCGACCUGCUUACGUUCCUGACCGGUCAGCGAGCGGAAAAAGUCCACGGCUUCCUCAAAACAUUUGUCAAACAAACUGAUCACAUCCGAGGCAUCCGGCAGAUCACCAGUGACGACUUCUGCACCUUCCAGAUGGUCUUGGAAGGAGGCGCCUGCUGCACUGUCACACUCAACUUCAACGUGCCCGGGGAGUUUCGGCAGGAGGUAAUCGUUGUGGGGACGGUGGGGAGGUUAACGGUCAUUGGGACGGACCUUUACGGACAGAAGAACAGCGGGGGCGGAGGAAGCGGUGGAGGUCCUGAGCUCCUGCUCAAGGACACCACACCUCUGGAAAAGGCUUCCCUACCGGAGAAGGCCUUCAGUGACAUUCCCUCUCCUUAUCUAACGGGAACCAUCCGCAUGAUCCAGGCUGUGCGUCAGGCCUUCGAGGACCAGGACGACAGGCGGACCUGGGACGGGAGGCCUCUGACGAUGGCGGCUACCUUUGAGGAUUGUCUUUACGCUCUCUGCGUGGUGGAUACCAUCAAGAAAUCCAACCAUUGUGGAGAGUGGCAGAACAUUGUGGUGAUGACAGAGGAACCGGAGAUCAGCCCGGCUUAUUUAAUCAGCGAGGCCAUGAGGCGGAGUCGGAUGUCGCUAUACUGUUAGCAUCUAGCUGAUAUGAUGACCUCAUUGAUGGCCUGUGUUACCUUUAAAACUAGAGGUUUGCAUUGGAAAGGCCAUAGUAUUGUUGGAUAUUUAUUCAUGCAGCUACAAGUUCUAGCUCUUCAAUUCAUCACUGUUUCCAUUUAGUACUAUUAAAUAUUUAAUGUUGCUGUUACAGGCUGAGAGGUUACUCCACUAACUUCUUGAUACCCUGCUUUCAGUUUCUAACAAAAAGCAAAGUGAUGAAUAAUGAAACCUUAAUUUAUAAGGAAGCUUUUCUUGAAGACGUACAUCCUUUCAUGUAGAUGCACUGGUAAAUCAAACUGAUUCAUACUAAACAAAGACAUUAGUCAUGCAGUUGAAGCAGAUCGGUGAGUUAAACAAUUGCUCCUGUGUUCUGCUUGAUCUAAACGGUAUUGCACCUCUCCUAUCUGCGUCUCUCUCGUGUAACUUGGUCUGGAAGGCAACACCCCACACUGUGGGUCCAAACGAGGACAGCCGAGGAAGAGCGCCAGUCCUCACAGCUAAAACUGUGCCGCUGUAUUGUUGCUAUAAUCUGAAAUCCUUGUUACUUUUAUCAAGUGAAUGUUUAAAGAAUUAAGUGUGCUUGAUAGCUCCAGUAUUGUCUGGUCAAUAGGCUUUUUUUUCUGUGUGUGUGAAUCCAGAGAGAGAAAAAAAAUCAAUAGUUUGGCUUCUGUUUGGGUUUUCUGGAGGGUUUAACCUUCUGGUUUAUGUAUGCAAUAAUGCAGGCUGCAGUACGUCUCUCUUCCAGCUUGGAGUAAAAGGUUGAAAGAGAAUAAGGUAUGCCUUCAUGCAGUAACAGUCGCCUGUGCAACAACUUCCAAGUCCAGUAUCAGCUGCACUAAAUACUUGAUUGUUCCUUAUUUAUUUGAUGCAUUUAAGUCUGGAUAUUUAUACAGUCGUGCAAUAAUUUGCAAAGAAAUGCUGAGCAGUGUGGAGGUUUUAUCUGCAUGUUGCAAUUCAUAGAGUCACAUCUUUUGAUUUAACAGCACCAUAAUGCAGGCUUAUCAGUACACGUCACAGUUCACACACACACACACACACACACACACACACACACACACACACACACACACACACACACAC